AUCGUGAAACCUAGAACUUGACAAAAAUGGUGGAUAUUGAUCUGCCCGUAAUGAUGAGUUUAUCACCUGAACCGGAUUCUCCAGUGUCGAGCACAGUUCGUGCCAAAACACCAAAUAAAUGCAGCAUUCUCGACGAGGUGUCUCUGAUCCAGCGUGAAAGCUGAGUCACUUGCCCCUUUACAAAGAGGAUAGACUUGUAAAUUUUCACGCCGCUGUUCUAGUAGCAGCAGCUGCUGCAUCUUCCUUUCAAAACAAACGAUUGAGAUCGCAACACACGUCCAAAUGUUCGUCAAUAGUUUUUGGGGACACUGUUGGUAGUGAUGUUUUCCUCGACAACGGGAACCUGACCACACUGGAACUACGUUGUAGUGACGUGCUGUGCAUAACACCUCUUUGAGGCCGUAACUUUCGAAAGUAAUCAAACAAAAUGUUGGCUUUUGUUAAGAAGAUUCACAGACAUUCUGAUGAACUGCUUCAUCUUGCCCUGAUUCUAAGUUUGAUCAGAGUUGAUCCUGAAUCUUACCUUGGACUUGGUCUGGGAAGGUCCAGCUCUUUUCAAGGGAGUUACCACAACAUAACAAUGGGAGACACAUGGGCUCAUGUACCGUCUGAUUUUCACAAUGGAUUCAUGAGCAACUUGCCAGAAAUACCAUACUUGCAUCCCAAGAGCAUGGAGGCUUCUUUAUCUCAAUAUCAAGAAGAGCUAAUUGAAGACUUAAAUGAUCUUGGGAGGUACACUAGCAUUUUACCUUCACGAGGCCCAAGAACAAUCACUGCUUACCUAUUAGAUGAGAGCUCACUCAACCGUGAUCCAUCUUCCUUACCUAAUAUAAACACAGUGAGUCCUGUUGUUGCCAGUCCUAGUAGCUCUAUGCUUGCUGCUACCGUAACCUCUCAGUCACAACAAGAUGAAAUAUUGGAUUCCAUACAACAGCACCCAUCUCAAGAAUCUUCAAUUCCAGAUGAGACAUCUGCCCUUUCUCUGGAGGAUGCGGACUUGAUAGAGAUAUUGUGGAAACAAGACAUCGACAUUGGAGUACCCCGUGAUCAUUUUCGCUUUCCGGGAGAAGAAUCCAAUGACGUCGAAGACGUCGAGAUAGCAACGUCCAAGGACAAGUUGGAUUUGAAGGGUGAAAAGAAGGAGAAGACCAAACAAGGCGAAAAAAAGAAAAACGAUGAAGACCCUCCGGACAAAUCGCCUUCAGAUGACGAUCCUUGGGCCGGCCUUCCGUACCGGAUUGACGACGAAACAGGUGAAUACAUUUUACUGGAGGAUAUCGAUCAUCCCCAGCCAUCGACGUCUACGUCGGGUGAAGAAUCGAAACCGUCGGAAAGCGAAGAAAAGUCAUCGGAGGAACCGUCACUUCCGAGCGAGGACAACGAUUCGUUUUCGCUAGACAAAGCGUUUGGUUUUGUCGAUUACGACGAGGAUAAAUUGACAGAGAGCAAUUUCACGUUAGGCGCAUUGAGCCCGGAGAGCGCGGAAUUCAUCGAAGAACUCGAUCCCGUUUUGGGUUCGAUCGUUGCUUCCCGUUCGUCCGCCCAGGUCCCUGUGCCUAACUUUGGCUCUUUGCUUUCGGAUGGUGGUAGCACCUCCGGAUCGCCUCGUAACGAUUCGCUUGAUUUGGAUUUGGGUUUCUAUUUGGGCACGGACGACAGCCGUGCGCAAGCAGAAAGCGCCGAAGACGGCGACGACGAAGAAGAAGAGCUUUUGAAAUUGUUUCGGCCCGAAUCCAGUUCCAGCCAUACCAUCGACACACUCAGCGAGCAACUUGAAGCCAGCCUGGAGGACAUGAUCCAGACAGCCCAGAUGCAUCCACGCUCAUUACAGGUGCGCAUGCCGCUUAUGCGCACGAUGAGCAUGGAGCAUCGGUGGCAGGACUUGGCCAAUUUCCUCAGCUUACCGGAUGGAGCUGCUGCCGCUGCUGCAGCUGCCAAUUUGAGUUCGCAUCCGGGCCAUCAUCACCAUCAUCACCAUCAUGGUGGUCACCAUCCGCAUGCUGUUCAUCAUACGCACCACCAUCCCGGUCAUCCGCACCAUGCCAUGCACACUCUUGGCCACCAUCCGCACUCGCCGCAUCCGGCAUUUGCCCAUCCAGGCUACCCACAUCCGCAUUCCCCUCAUGGAUCCAUCCAUCCUCAUCAUCAUCAUAAUGGCUCGUCUGUCCACACACAUCACGGCUAUGGCGUCCAUCCUGCCUCACCCGCCACCACCACCACCAUCCAUCAUCAUCACCAUGGAUACAGCAGUCUGACUUCGGCCGCUGCACCAGUGUCGGCCUACACGAAUUCCGCCGUCGAUGUUGGUGGACGAGCUUCUCUUCUGCAGAAUGUUGCCAUCGGAUCGCCCCUGACUGAAUUAGGUGGAAAUGGAUCCUAUCCCAGUCCAGGUCUUGGAGUAGGAGUGACUCUGGGUUCAGCCGUGACAGCUUCGAUGAAUUUGACGAAUAGCACAGAUACCUUGGAGCCUACCGGUCAAGUUCCUUACAAAACAGAAACAACCGCUGAUAUGCAUUUGUACUAUCAGAAUAACACUGGGGAAGUUAACCAGACUGGCGACGGAUUCUUUCCUUCCAUUUUCAACGAAGAUGAUUUACAGCUGAUGGAUAUGGCCAUUACCGACACCAUGUACCCUCCUCGUUUGCUCGACAAUCAACCGGUAAACCACUCGCUGGGACUGGCUCCGACCAACAGCGGUGGCAAUGCUGUGGCAUCAAUUAUACCCAGUACGGUGAUUGAUACGACAAGUGAUAGCGCUGUCAGUUCCAUGGGUUCCGAACGGGGCCCGUCUAUCUCGGACGGUGACUGGAUUGACACUUCAAAUGCUACCGAUUCAAACACCACAUCCGUCACUGGAGCUACAGCGGUGUUGCCGUCCGGAUCAGCUUACGGCAUGGAAUAUUCUUCUGGGGCGAAAUAUCGUCAUUAUGAUUACGGCUAUGGUGGUCGUUCCAGCGGACUUGAAGGAGCCUCGACCAGCGGAAGAGGAAGCGCUGCUGGUACCCCCGUGGCUCAAAAGAAGCAUCAGAUGUUUGGGAAACGUGUAUUCCACGACCAAAGCGACUUGCCCGGCUCACCGGCCACUGUGACAGCCAUCGGAUCACCAGCCAAAUUCGAUUACGGCAGUAACGCUUCUGCCAGCGGUGGAUCCCUUUAUUCGCACCCAUCUACUCCACUUGACAGCGCCAAUGGCAUGAAUUCCAUGGAUUUGAAAUAUGGUUGCGGGAUGGAAUACACCCCACAUUCGCAUGAUGUGCGAGGUAUGGACCAUGUCCAUCAUAAUCACACUUACGCUCUGGGUUCGGAAGCCAGUGGAACUUCGCAAAGACCUGUCAGUCGGGAUAAGCAUAGAGCUUCAGGGUCAAGCUUACGGGGUAGCGUGAGCGAUACGGCCUCGACGCCCGGAGCUGGAACCAGCGGCUCCUGUUCAGAGAGCGAAGCGUACUCGCGAGAUGAAAAACGUGCCCGGGCCAUGAAUAUUCCAAUGACGGUGGACGAUAUCAUUAACUUGCCCAUGGACGAAUUCAAUGAAAGAUUGAGCAAGUACGACCUGACUGAGCCACAGUUGUCGCUCAUUCGUGACAUACGCCGCCGUGGAAAGAACAAGGUUGCAGCCCAGAACUGUCGCAAGCGCAAACUGGAUCAGAUUUUGACACUGGCCGACGAGGUGAAACGAGCUCGCGAGCGCAAAAUCCGACUCAACAAAGAGCGCGAUUUCCUGGCUGCCGAGAAAACCCGCAUUAAGGAUCGUUUCGCUCAGCUGUACCGUCACGUGUUCCAGUCGCUGCGUGACUCUGACGGCCAGCCCUACAGCCCGUACGAAUACAGCCUCCAGCAGUCGGCUGACGGAAACAUUUUACUUGUGCCGCGAGCUACAGUCGUCGCCAACGGUGGCGCUACGAUCGAUCCGCAGCCAACAAUGCAGCAGCAGUUGAAUCAUCAUCAGCAUCAUCAUCAACAGCAUCUCCACAACCACCACAACAGCACAAACGGCCAACAUCGUCCCGUCAUGAUCGAUCCGAGUUCGUUAGCCGGUCAAAUGGUAGGCAACGUUAACGGUGGUACAGUUGGAAGCUCUAGUUCGGCUGUCCUUCACGGUGCUCGCAGGAAAACUCCGGAUCAGAAAAAUGAACCGUGAACUUGACUGCACAACACGAGAAAGAGUGGGACUCAUCAACGCAUGGUUCUUGAGCAGCGACUCUACGCCGAAGCUAAAUAUGGCGAGUCGCUGGGCGCUGAGGAAGUAGUAACUUCCCUUCGUUAAAGUAACCUUACCAAUCACAUGCAUUAAAAAAUACAACAAAAAAAAAAAGAAACAAAAACAACAAGAAAAAAAAUAACGUAGAAAAAACCAGGAAAAGUGAGAAGAAAAGACGAACAAGAAAAACGACUGCUGGGCGAUACUGUGAAUAUUAAUGUUGUGCGCUUAUAAGGAAAUAGCGAUAUCAUUCGUUACACAUACGGGGUUUUUUUUUUUUUGUUCCUGUAUUUCAUACUGUUGUAGUUUUUUUUUGUUUUCGGUCUUGGAGAAAAACGGAAACAAACAUAAGAAUUUCGCCAGUGAUACUAGUACAUAUAGGGUCUUUAGUUCUGGUGUGAAUGUGCCCGGCUGCCUGAGGCAAUUUCCUUAUGUUUGUAUACAAAACAUCUUAAAGAAACUUAGGACGUUAGUUUACUAUACACGUAUUGAAAACACAUUGAGAAAAACACAGUGUUUGUUUUUUUCCAACUUCUUUUUCAUCAGUCGGCCAUUUUUGGAUUUCAAUUCUUUCUCUUUUGGUCUGCUGUUGGACCUCCACCUUCCUUUUAUGUUUAGAAUUCCAUUUGUUUUUUUCUCUUCUUCUUUCAUCCCCAUCACGUGCGUCUAUGAAAAUGCGUGUGUGUGUUUUCUGUGUGGCUUGUCUUCAUUCAAUUGGAGGGGCCCUCCAAAAAGAGAAAGAAUCGUUCAUCUUUAUAUACCGCGCUCACUUCGAUGGCCUUAUACACACAGUAUAUAUAUAUAUAUAAUAAUAAUAAUGCGAAUGAUGUAUCGUCCUUAACUCUCCCACCCCCUGGCCCUGUAUGCGUAUCGUUUCGUUUUAAUGAUUUUUGUAUCUCCUUUGUUUAUUUUUUGUUUUUGUUUCGUUUCGUUUUUUGGUGCAGACGCCUUUUCGUGCGUAGGCAGAAUCAGCCGUUUUUAUAUUCAUCCCGGCGUUGACGGGAAGAAGUUGCGAGUCCACGUUUGGUUUUUUUUUUUUCUCUCCUUUUUUUUCUUUUUUGUUGUUGAAGAGGGAAGGAUGCUAUAUACUAAAAUUUAUCCUAGAAUAACCAAGAGAAGAAAAAAAAAAUAAAGAAAAACACAAAGAUGGUUUUAAAGUUUUUGGGGGGUAAUAAAACGGAUUUUCGUUCGAGUUGGUUCACGUAUUAUCACGUUCGCUGGAAUUCCUCCACAGCGCUAUUUCCGGUGAAAAACGUGAAAAGGAAAAAAACGAAAACAUUAGAAAAAAAACAAGUAAAUGUGCUUCACUGUUAUGUUAUAGUAAUCAAUUGUAAACAACUCAUCGUGUGUGUGAGUGUUUUUGUCGUGUAUUAAAUAUUUUCUCGUUUGAAUAUGUUUGUUUGUCUAUUACCUACACUAAGCCUUUAUAUUUGUAUUUUCUUUGUUUGUUUGGAAUACGCUACAAACGUAUCUAAUCAAUACAAAGAAAAACGUU